GGCCGCGAGCCAUGGAAGGGAAGACUGUUGUGGUGCGGGCUGCGGUGGCUGUGGUUGUGACACUGGUGCUGGUGUUGUAUGGAUUGCGCCUUCUCUCCACAGGCGUUGAUCGGAAAUACCCACGCGUCGUUCCGCCCGCUUCCAUCCCCCCUUCCACACAUGACGAUGAGCUCCGAUUUCUUGUCAUUGGUGACUUUGGCACAGGCGUCGUUCCAGGGUUUGACUUUCACCAGCAUGAAGUGGCUGCGACCCUGACACAUGCCGCAGAGGAACACAAGCCGUCCUUUGUCAUGACAACGGGGGACAUCAUCUACUCGAAUGGCAUCAGAAGCGACCAGGACCCGCAGAUCCAGGAAAAGUUCUUCACGCCCUACGCGGCGCCUUCGCUGCAGGUGCCAUGGCACAUUAUUCCAGGCAACCACGACUGCCGUGGAAGCGUGGCUGCCAUGCUGGAUGUCGCAUCCCUUUCCCCACAAUGGCACAUGCCCGCCCGCUACUAUGCUGAACAGUUUGUCGUUGGAGGUGCCACUGUGCGCAUCCUGUACUUGGACACGUGCUUGCUUGUGUGUGGCAGCAUGAGCAACUUUCGCUGUGAGGACAGCAUGCUUCCCAAUUUGAGUGUGGAAGAGAAGGAGGAGGAGUACGCGUGGCUGGACCGCGAGCUUGCUGUUGCGGCCGACUGGAAGCUUGUUGUCGGCCACUGGAGCAUCUUCAGCCUCCACGGCAACGGGCCCACCCCUGAGCUCAUUGACGAACUGCUUCCUCGGCUCGUCAAGCAUGGCGUGCAAGCAUACUUCAACGGCCACGAUCACAGCCUGCAACAUUUGGUGUACAGGCCGGCAGUGGCAGCUUCGUCGGCAUCAGGGCAGCAGCUGCACCUGUUUGUCUCUGGCGGCGGAGGCUAUGAGACACAGCCACAAUUGAAGUCAGAGGCACGAGGAGACUUAAACGCGGGCGUGGGCGUGGAGUUCAGCCGCGGCAUGCACGGCUUCAUGAAAGCCACACUCACCAGAUGCACACUCGAAAUUGCUUUCGUGGAUGUGCAAGGAGGGACGCCGCACGUUGGCCGCGUUGCCCGGAAGUGCUGAUGGUUGGCGACGUAAAACCUAGAUGCACGCAGACAAUAUACCUUGACGACUCUUGUGGUGGCUUUGGCGACUUUCAGGUUCACACCCCUCAAAGCACCCAACCGCACCCAACGUUGCAUCGCGCGCCCGUGGGAACAGCUGCCACUGUUCUUGGAAAUCUCGCCAAAGGUUUGGUUUUGUUGUUACACAAACACGCCCCCCGCGCGCGCCUGCGCGCAUGCAGCCUGGCCGAAGCAGAGCGAAGGCAGCAUGCACGCAGCGUGGUCGCAUGUCAAGCAACGCCGCUUGCACAAGCACCAACCAGCCACGCAACGCUGCACACGCGCCGCGCACGCAAGGAACAAGCAACAACUGGCUGCCCCCCAACCACGCCAGACCAGCCAGAAAAUCGCAGAAGCCUUGCGUCAGUGUUUCGGUGCUGGCGUGCAGCUUUUUGGGUGCGGCGUUUGAAGUUUGUGUGUUAAAUUUGCAUCUCAUCACACAUGUAGUUGGUGCUCACUUCUUCAUGAUGUGCAUGGUGUGAUGGGGAAAUAAGUGGUAAACAUUGGUCACCUCUAAACGCACACAAACG